UGAAAAUGCAAAAUGACAUAUAGCAAAUGUCGGAGCAUAAUUCAUUCACAUUUUCGGAUCAAAUUCGGAUUUAAAUCACACCACUGGAGCUCCAAUGUGAAGAUGGCGCGUUAGGGCUGGUGGCGCAACCGCGAUUUUUGAUAUUUUAAUUUAUGAAAAAUCACAUUCACAGACAAAUAUUGGUUUCAACAUGGGGCUGUGCUACAGUUUGCGUCCCCGGCUCUUCGGGGACCUGAGCGGGUCUAUUUCCAACGCUACCUCGGACUCGGACCAGCCUCCGGACGCAGCCGUGCCGACCCGCGCCGGGGGAGCUCGCCAGGAGGACACCGGGGGAUGCGGGGAGACUUCGUCGCUACGCGGCGGCGGCGGCCCGGUGCGCCCCGGGGACCCAGCCAGGCUCCCGGCCGGGGAGCACCGCCGUGGAGACACCGGCACUGACGGUGUGCUCAUACAGAACGGGGGUGGCGGAGGAGGAGGUGGCGGUGGAGGAGGCGGCGGAGGAGGCAAGGGGACAGGGAAGGACCGCGGCCGACGCUUACAACUGCUGCAGAAGACUAGCACCCAAAAGCAGAAAAACUGGGACAAAUUGCUGGUGGAGGAGAAGGAGGCCGAGAAGGAGGCGAAGAAAGUCAGUAAGAAUAUUGACAGGGCGCUGAAGGAGCUCAAAAGGGAGUACAAACAGACGCAUCGGCUGCUGCUGCUCGGUGCGGGAGAGUCCGGAAAAAGCACCAUUGUGAAGCAGAUGAGGAUUCUACACGUCAACGGCUUCAACGCAGAAGAAAAGAAACAGAAAAUCCAAGAUAUUCGGAAAAACGUGAAGGAUGCCAUAGUGACUAUAGUGUCUGCGAUGAGCACUUUAAUACCCCCAGUCCCGCUAGCCAACCCAGAGGACCAAUUCAGAAUCGAAUACAUCAAAAGCAUAGCGCCUCUCUCCGACUUUGACUAUUCACAGGAGUUCUUUGAACAUGCGAAGAAGCUGUGGGACGAUGAAGGGGUAAAGGCAUGCUUCGAGAGGUCCAAUGAGUACCAGCUCAUCGACUGCGCACAAUAUUUCCUGGACAGAAUUGACUCUGUAAGACAGAGCGACUACACACCAACGGACCAGGACCUGCUUCGCUGCCGAGUGUUAACUUCAGGGAUUUUCGAGACAAGGUUCCAAGUAGACAAAGUGAACUUUCACAUGUUUGAUGUUGGGGGCCAGAGAGAUGAAAGGAGAAAAUGGAUCCAGUGCUUUAAUGACGUCACUGCUAUCAUCUUUGUGGUGGCCAGCAGCAGCUACAACAUGGUAAUAAGGGAAGACAAUAACACUAACAGGCUACGGGAAGCCCUGGACCUCUUCCGCAGUAUUUGGAACAACAGAUGGUUACGCACUAUAUCGGUCAUCUUAUUCCUGAACAAGCAGGAUAUGCUGGCUGAGAAAGUAUUAGCUGGAAAAUCCAAAAUUGAAGACUACUUCCCUGAAUAUGCUCGCUACACCAUACCAAAUGAAGCAACUCCUGAACCUGGUGAAGACCCAAAAGUGACGAGAGCUAAGUUCUUCAUCCGAGACGAGUUUCUUCGGAUCAGCACUGCGAGCGGCGACGGCAGACACUACUGCUACCCCCACUUCACCUGCGCCGUGGACACAGAGAACAUCCGGCGGGUGUUCAACGACUGCCGGGACAUCAUCCAGAGAAUGCACCUCCGGCAGUACGAACUCUUGUGAUGGGAGCGCCUCCAUCAGCCUUCUGUGUUUUCUCCACCAGUCUGCAUCCUUAACCCCCAGUCCCACCCUGCCCCGCCCCCUGCAGCCCACCCUCUGCCCCUCCAAAAAAGAAAAAAACAAAACCCACCCACCCCUGACCACCUUUCCUGUUGAGGACUAUAAAGUACUACUGAAGUGUGUCAAAUCCUCUUCCUCUUCUUAAGUUAGCUUUUUGUAUUUUUCUUUUUUUUUUUUUUUUGUUUUUUGGAGACCUAUUCAUCCCCAUUUCACCGAUGUAAAAGGAAGGUUGGGGAACAAAGUUGUUGCGUGCCGCUUUUUCUUUUUUUUCUUUUUUUUUUUUUUUUGAUCUUUUAAUCCUUUUGAAUGCCUUGAUUUUUUUUGUCAUUCCACUAAGCCUUGGGCUACCUCCUUAUUUCCCCCUCCUCCCUCCCCCCUUCAUGCCCUUCUUAUUUGACAUUAGCUUUGUCAUUGGACCUGGACUGGUGGGUGUGGAUACGUAAAACACACCUACAGGACCUCAGUGUAGAGGCUGUGUGUGUGUAUGUGUGUGUAUGUGUGUAAAUGUGUGCGUCAGUGAGAAAGGAAGAGACAGGAAUGGUGUGCUUGCGAGUGUGUGCUUGUGUGUUUAUGUUUGUGUGUCACUUGCCGGUUAAAAGAGCUGGCAUCGCCACCAUGACCUUUGCCCUUUGCCCCGUCCCCCCCACCAUAACAGUUCCUGUACUUCUCCUCUCCACGUGGAAGACGAUGAACAGAGAGGAGAGGAGGGGGGGAGAGAAAAAAAAGAGCGGAUGAAGAGAUAAUGCACUUUGCAUCAGGUUCCUUAAUAACUUUUUUUGGAGGAAGCAUACACACAAUGUAGCAUCACAAUAUUUAUUACUCUGUCACGAUGUUAGCGCGCCGAGUUGCAGGGCGGACCGAGCGGCUGAGAGACACACAUGUGGAGCGGAUGGAGGGAGUGAGCCAGGGGGAGGACGGGAGGACGACGAGGAGGAGGAGGAAAGGGGUGGGGGUGUCAGGAAAAUGACAAGAAAGAAGAAGGAUUCAAAUGAAGGAGAAGGACUGAGCUCUCUGCACCUUAGCCCUGCCGCCGCUUUCAGCCUGGUGUGUCCUGGACGGAGAUGGAGCUGCCGCCUCCACAGACUCGGACCUGUCCCUUUUUCCACACAACCAUCCUUUUAGCUUAGAGAUAUUGAUCGGGAUAGGGUGGGAGGGGUGGGGAUGGG